AUGGACCCACAGAUAAAAGAAUACAUAGACAGUGCAUGCCAAGCAACAGUAUCUACACUAAUAGAAAAGGUAAAGGAACUGAUAAGUCAACAAGCCAAAAACCAAAGGCAAUGGAACGAACGAAUUCAAAAUACUAUGAACGAGCGGUUCAAUAAACUAGAGCAAGUUGGCUUGAUAAAUGAUGGAUCAGAACCGAACAGUAAUCAUGCAGCUGAAGAAGAAAACAACAACCACACGACACCAAUAACAAUAUGUUCACCACCAGAAGCAAGGGACGAUAUCCUACAAGACAAUAGGUAUAGUCCGGAGUUUUGUCACGUGGCUCAGUACAGACUAUAA